CAUGGAUUAGGUUAUCUUGCUACAUCAAAUUAGACAAGAGCGAAAGGCUGCUUUGGACGAUAGUUCUGAUACUGACGAGGAGAAGAAAGACGAGCGAUGGUGAUGCUGCUGCUUCUGAAGGCGGCGAAGAUGCUGCUGCUUCUAAAGUCCGCGAAGAUGAUGCUGCUUCUGAAGAUACCGAGGAAGAAGAAAGGGAAAUGCAGGAGUAUCGGAGAAUUCUGGAAGAGUCUGAUGGUUUUGAUAUCGGAAAAGCUCCCACAAAGAAUUAUAUUGGUGGUAGAGCCGAGCUUGAUGUGAAAGAUUUGGAAGAUGCUCGUACCACGGACUGCAUUGAGGCUGUCACUGUAGCAAUUGAGCUAGAGAACGAGGAGGGUGCAAAUUUGGAAUUUGUGGACGUAAUCAAGGCAAAUUGGACAGGAUUUACUUAUUAUUGGGUAACCUUUACAGCUAGAAACAAGACUACUGGAAAGGUGGACACUUAUCAAUCGAAGAUCUAUAACAAUUUGGCUGAUGGCGAGAUUGAAGUCGAUUCAUUCAAUCUUAAACCAAGUAGAGAUAGUACAGCUAUCCAAACUUAACUGUAUUCAUCAAUAUGACGAAAGAUGCUUAUGAAUUAUGGACGUCAGACAGAUUUCUAUUUAGGUUGUAUAUAUACUUUUGCUGAUGACCAUCUAUGACUUCCAUAUUUGUGAUGUGUAUUAAGAUGGCAUAUCAUAGUUCUACAUUUUGCAAGACUUUGUGGAAGUUAUUAACUUUAUCCGAUUUGAACUUAUUAUCUAUAUUAACUAUUUAUGUUUUAGACUA